GCAUAAGCCAAUUUUCAAGAAAAAAGAAAAAGCUUCUUCAAAUAAUUCAAUGGCUAGGGUUUCAUUCGCAACAUAUAAAAACACGCACAAAAAUAUAUAUAUAUCCCCGUUUACUUGAAAACAUCAAGGAAGCUUAAUUAAGGACCUUGAUCUAUCUCUAAGCUUCUUUUAUUUAUUUUUUGUUUUUAAUUUUUGGAUCUGGUUUUAGUAUACAUAUAUAUUUAUAAACCAGUAAAGAUGUUUUCUCUACAAAACGAUAAUGGCGGCGGGGUGGUAUUAUUUAAUAAUGAGGAGCCUACAAUAGUAAUUUCCGACGAGCAAGAUAAAAUCCUCGAAGAGCUGCUUGCAGACUACGGCGGCACUGAAGUAAACACCACCGCUGCAGUUCAAGAAAACAACAAUGGCGGCACCAGCAUUAGCGUUGAGUCGAAGAAAAGUGCGCAUAGAGAUAUCGAAAGGCAGCGUAGGCAAGAAAUGUCUCUCCUUUACUCUUCCCUUCGAUCCCUUCUUCCUCUCGAAUACGUCAAGGGAAAGAGAGCAGUAUCAGAUCACAUGCACCAGGCUGUGAUUUACAUAAAACAUAUGCAAACUAAAAUCGAAGAAAUGCGAAUAAAGAGAGAGAAGUUGAAUAAAUUGACGAAUAAUGUAUCAGAAACAAGAUCAGAAGAUCGUGUUAUCAUUGAAGCUGCAAAUUCUUCGCCUAAUUACUGUGUGGAGAUAAAUGUUUGCAAUGGUGGUGGAAUUAAUGAGAUUUUAAUCAGCAGUAGUAGUAUCGAUAACGGGAGUUUUUCGACAUCGAAGGUGGUCGACAAAUUGCUUAAGAGAGGUUUGAAUGUAAUCAGCUGUGUUUCUACUAGAGUGGAUAAUCUGUUCCUCCAUAAAAUUCAGAUUCAUGAGGAAAAUGAUUUCACAAGCAAUAUUGAUCUGGCCCAGCUUGAAGAGGAACUAGUCAAUGUGAUGAAACGUGUUUAA